AUGGCCCACCGCUACUACCACAACCACCACCACAACAACUCCUCCACCACCACAACCCUCACCGCCAACACCAGCAGCACACGACACAGCCACCCCUCCCCCCCCAAACCUCCCCCCACCCCCCCCCCCCCCAUCAACCGCGACCUCUCCACCCGCAACACCUGCGCCCUCUUCCUCGCCCUAACCUGGCUCACCGGCCUCGCCUCCACCGGCGGCGGCCUCUACCUCCUCCUCUACACGCACCACUGGACCGACUUCCACGGGCUGCCGCUGCCGCUGCCCCCGCUCGUCAAGCGGCUCGCGCCGCUCGCCGUCAACGUCUGGCUGACGGUGCUGCAGGACAGCCUCGGCUACGUGCACGCCGCGUCGCUGAAAUGGGGCCUCGCCCGGCAGGGCCGGCUGGCGUUCAACAGCAACCUGCGGCUCUUCACGUCGGCGCCGGCGUCGUCGUCGUCGGUGGCGAACGCGUGGUACGUCAACGCCGUCAUGCUGGCCGCCAUGGUCGUGGCGUACGCGUCGUCGUCGCUGCUGCUCGUCAACGCGUACGACGACGACGACGACGACAACAACAUCGAGCGGCUCAUGCGGAUCGACGGCUGGAGCGUCGACGCCGACGCUGCUGCCGCCGCCAUCGGCGUGUCCGGCACCGCCGCCGUCUGCCUGGGCGCCGCGCUGCUCGUCCAGGCCGCCGUCGCGACGUGCGCGCUCGCCUCGACCGCGACGCGCGCCGUCCCGACGUGGAGCUCCAGCCCGGUCGACGCCGUCGUCGCGUGUCAGGAAGUCGCCGCCGCCGAAGGCAUCGUCGGCGUUGUCAGCAGACACCAGCCCGGCCGCUGCCUCCUGGGCGUCGCCGAUGCGCCUGCGCACGCCGCCAGCUCCCGCGUCGGCGCCGUGGCCCCGCGACGCCGGCAGCGCGCGAGCUGGGCGGCGCACAAGGGAGCCCGGACGGUCGUGUGGCUGCUCUGGGCGCUGGCGACGCUCGCCUCCGUCGGCGCCGUCGCCGUCGAGCUGCUCAUGACGCGACGCGGCGCCGGGGAGCCCGGGGUCGCGCUCACGGGCGGGCAUCAGCUGCUCGGGAUGGGCGUCUUCGCCGCGCUGCAGGCGGGCGUCACGCUGGCGCUGCACGCCGCCGAGCUGCCGGUGGGCCUGACGAGGGACGAGCUGGCGUGGCGGCGCGCGGCGCGGAGGGGAGGGUACCGGCUCGAGGGCUACGACGCCGUGUGGGCGGCCGUGUCCAGCUGGCAGGCCGUGGUGCUGUUCCUGGCGAAGCCCGCCAUCCAUUGGGUUUUUGGGUUGGCGGUGACGGUCGAGUACGGCUGGGUGUAUGUCAGGGGCGUGCCGUUCUUUUGUCUGGCGGGCGCGGUGGCGGCGUUGGCGGCCUAUGUCACUGCGUUGAGCGUGUGGAGACCGAAGGGGCCGCAGCCUGCGGCGUACGGCCAUAUACAGACGUUGACGGAUCUUAUUGACGAGUGGAGUCCGGUUUUGUAUUGGGGGCACAAAGUGUCGGGGCCGAUUUGUCAUGCAGGGACGAGCUCGAGGCCCAUGGCUGAUAUCGAGAUGGACCAGCUUUAUGCGGGGGAGACUUGGGAGCGGUAG